UUCGCAUUACAGUGGCACAAGAGGUUCGAAACAGAAGGGUUCAGCGAAAGCUGAUACAUAUAUACAUAUUAUCUCUCUUAUCAGAUCAGUCGGGUUUUGCUGUGAAAGUGUGAACGGAUUUUUCUCCUCUGCAAGAGCACGUCUGCAUGGAGUCUUCGGACCACUGGCUUCAGGGAGCUGUUCAAGAGGAAUCUGGAGCAAUGGAUUCUUCAUCUUAUUCUCCACCAUUAAUGGAGAGGAGGGUAAGGCCAGCCCCAACGGACCAAGCUUUGAAGUGUCCGAGGUGUGAGUCCACAAACACCAAGUUCUGCUACUACAACAACUACAGUCUCUCUCAGCCGAGGUACUUCUGCAAAACUUGCAGGAGGUACUGGACCAAAGGAGGCACAUUGAGAAACAUCCCAGUAGGUGGAGGUUGCAGAAAGAACAAGAAAGUCUCGUCCAAGAAAUCCAACGACGUCGUUCACCCAGUACUGUCAGAACCCAAAGAUCCUCAUCUCACAGCUUCUAAUUUCCCAGAUCAUGCAAUUAAUUUUCCCCACCCAGUGGGACUGAUGGUGGAGAAUUCGAGGCUCAUGGAAACUAAGUUUGGAGGGAUAAACAAUGUUAUGGGAAAUUUUGGCGAUGCUGGGUUUUCAGAUCAGAUAAAUUGUAGCCACAAUGGGUUAUUGGCUCAGAAUUGCCAGGGUUUUGGAGGAAAUAUGCGUUACUUUGAUGGCUAUAACAUUAAUGGCGAGACUUAUAGCACAAUGGACUCUUUUUACCAUGGCAAUGAGGAUCAAAUUACUGUUGGUGCAAUUCAUGAUGUGAAGCCAAACCCUAAGCUAUUGUCUCUUGAAUGGCAAGACCAAGGUUGUUCUGAUGCUGGGAAGGAGCCUUUUGGGUAUAUCAACAGUCUCUUGGGCUUCUUUUGACCUCACACGAAUAUUUAAAGAGUGUGUGAACGAGAGGCUAGAGGGUCCCAAACGGAGGGCUGGCUUGGUGCGUUACUUUUGGUUUUAUAUAUAUUCGUGUUUGUGUGUGUAAACGCAUUACACAUUUGAAAGGUUUAGGAUUUUGUUGUAACUUCGAGGAAGAUAUUGAUAGUUCUCUUAUAAAAAGAAAACGCACUAGUUAUCUGGUAC